AUGAAUAACAAGAUUGGAAAUCAAAGACAAAAUAGUAUGUUUGAAAUAAGCACAAUUACACACCCAACUUUAGACACCAAACAUCCAUUGUUAUUAUUACGUUCAGAACAUGGUGAUCGCUAUUUAUUUGGUAAAGUUCCAGAGGGUUCACAAAGGGUUUUUUUAGAGCAUAAGUUUAAAAUGCAAAAUGUUAAAACAAUUUAUUUGACGGGUGAAUUAGAUUGGGCUAGUAUUGGUGGAUUGCCCGGUAUGAUUUUAACAGCCGCUGACCAAGGGAAAACAGAUUUAAAUAUAGUAUAUCCCAAUAAGAUUAUGAAUUAUAUUAUAAGUACUUGGAGGUAUUUUGUGUUUAGAUUCGGUAUAAAAUUAAAUGUAUUUACACGUGAAGAAGAGGUUGUUACAGAGUCAUGCAUAAAAGUUAAACCGAAUAUUAUAAAAUUAAGCCAAAGCCCUACUGAUCAAAUAAACAACGUAUGUAAUGAUACUUUAUCCAGAAUAAUCGGUAAAAUGUUCCCAAUAAAAUCACCAACUGCAAAAUAUGAUCCAUCAGCAGAUCCAAAUAUAAAUGUUGAACUACCCUUAAAUUAUAGAAUUCCUAAAGAAUCUGUUUCUUAUGAAAUUGAAUUUGCUCCAGUUAGAGGUAAGUUCGAUAUUAAUGAAGCUAGACGUUUAAAUAUUCCACCAGGACCAUUAUACAGUGCACUAACAAAGGGACAAAGUGUUACUUUGACAGAUGGUACUAUUAUCAAGCCGGAACAAGUUGUGGGCAAAUCUAGAUCCUAUCCGAAAAUUUUAAUCUUGGACAUUCCCAAUAAUGAAUAUCUUAUUAAAUUUAAAGAGUAUUAUGAAAGUUAUAAGGGAGCCGAUGAACUGGCCUGUGUUUACUAUUUUCUAGGUGAAGACUUGGAAAUUAACCAAGAACUAUGCUCAUUUAUGGAAUUUUUUAACUCACCCAACACUAAACACAUUGUUUCACAUCCCAAAGUGUGUUCUAAUAGUCUAGUCUUUGUAGGUUCUGCUCUAUCUAUUUUAAAAUUGAAAAUGGUGAACAACGAAAACUAUAACUUGCCCAUUGAGGACCGUAUUUAUUCUAAAGAUUUCUAUGACACUUUUAACCAUCGAUUACCAUUAAAAAACAGUACUUUAAGCCAAACUAAUGAGAUUUUACCUCUAAGCACAAGUUUAAUUAAGGAAAACGUGCUUGUUUUAAAUAAGCAAGACUCUAUUUUAUUGGAGCCUUUUAUUGAAGGUGAAGAACAGAUUAAGUUAGCUGUUACUAAACAACAUAAUUUAAAAUUAAAAGGUAUAUUUAAAAACAUGGUGGAUUGCAUCCUCCCAGAGGAACUAAAGGCUGAUUUUGCUCCAAACUUUGAAAAAAAUAUUGAAAAUGAAAUACUAAAACCGCAUUUCAACACCAAAGAAACUGAAGGUCAGGUCGAAGUUGUUACAUUUGGCACAGGUAGCUCAUUACCUUCGAAAUAUAGAAAUGUUAUUUCUACCUUGGUUAAAAUACCGUAUAGCUUGAAUGGUAAGUAUCAUAAUAGAAAUAUUAUUCUAGAUGCUGGUGAAAACACUUUGGGUUUCAUACAUAGACAUUUUAGUAGUGCAAAAGUUGGUGAAUUGUUUAAAGAUUUGAAAAUGAUUUAUUUAAGUCAUUUGCAUGCAGAUCAUCAUUUAGGUAUCAUCAGUAUAUUGCAAGAAUGGUAUAAGCAUAACAAAGACGACAAAAAUGCUAUAUUAUAUUUAAUUUCACCAUGGCAAUACAACAAAUUUGUUUCAGAGUGGUUAAGUUUACAGAAUGCAGAUUUGUUAACUAGAAUACAUUAUAUCAGCUGUGAACAUUUGAUUGAUGGUAAUUUUGUUAGAAAGGAAACAAAGCCGAUACCAUUUGUUCAGCUAGAAUCAUUUUUGGAAACUUUUAGGAAAGAUUCAGCAGGUAAUGAUGAAAAUAAUAAAUAUAAAAAAAGAAAAUUUGACCUCCUGGAAGGUUCUUCUUUUAGGGAUAUUGCAAUGAUUAAAAAAAUGUGUAAAGAUUUGUCGAUCAAAGAAUUCAAAACUUGUAAAGCGAAACAUUGUGAGUGGGCUUAUUCAAAUAGUAUAACAUUUUAUACUAGCUCUGAAAACAAUGCUACCUUUAAAGUUUCUUAUUCUGGCGACACUAGACCUAAUAUUGAACAUUUUAGCUCAAAAAUUGGUUAUAAUUCAGAUUUAUUGAUUCAUGAAGCGACAUUUGAUGACACUAUGCAAGAAGAUGCUUAUAAAAAAAGGCAUUCUACCUUUAGUGAAGUUGUCAGUGUUGCAAAAGCCAUGAAGGCAAAGAAGUUGUUGUUUACACAUUUUUCCCAAAGAUAUCCGCAUUUCCCUGAUAUUAAAAAUAUGAAUGAUAUGCCAGUGGCAGAAUACUGUUUUGCUUUUGAUGGCACCAUUUUAUCCUGGAACAAUUUUGGAAAACAAAUGGCUUCAAUUCCAACCUUGAAAAAGCUAUUUCCAAUUAAUGCUACAGAAGAAGACGAAGAAAAUGAAGAAAAGAAAGCUGAACAAAUUGUUCAAGAUGAUGAAUGA